UGAGUAUUCAAAGUAUUUGCAGUAGUCACGAAUGAUGCAGACUGACAUUCCUGUUGCCGAGUCGAGGUUUGCCUUGUCACCAUGAAUCGAAAGACCUAAAAUAUGUAUACAACCUCACAACUACUGUUAUACAAUUUUUUGGAUGUUGAGAAAUGAUAAGGCAUACUUCAAUGUCACGAGAUAAAAAGAAGUCAGAUUAUAAUCUUUGAACAUCAAGUAAUACCAGUUAUAUUAGAAUACUCGAAAGCUGUAGUCAUGCUUGUCGAAACGGUAGCCUCGCUUUCGUGUUAUAAUGCAACCGCGUACUUGUUGGAGGCACUUUUACUGAGCACAUGUCUUGCGAACUGCGGUAUUACUCCGACAAAAGAUGAAAGGAUUCCUGCCGGCGAGGAUUGGAUACGUCCGGAAACGACGAUACCUCAGGGAACACUUAGAGGUAUCAAUAUGGUCACACACCACGGUAGAAGAUUCUUCGCCUUCAAGGGAAUCCCGUUCGCUGAGCCACCGAUUGGGGAUCUUAGGUUUAAGCAAGCUGUACCAGCUGGUCCUUGGAAUGGGAUUCUUGACGCUGGCAGUAAUCCCAACGCGUGUAUUCAACGAGAGGACAAGCUCUUUGGGGACGAAGACUGCCUUUAUCUCAAUAUUUAUACGCCACGGAUUCCUAAAAGCAAAAAUUUCACGUUACUGCCAGUGAUGGUCUACAUCUAUGGUGGACAAUUCAAAUUUGGAACGAGCACUCCUGAACGAUGGAGUCCACGCUUCCUCCUUGAUAAGGACGUAGUGCUUCUCAUUCCGAAUUAUCGUUUCGGAAUACUGGGAUUUCUGACUACCGGUAACGAAGUAUCACCUGGAAACAAUAAUCUGAAAGACAUGGUUCAGGCUUUGAAAUGGACCCAAGAGAACAUCAAAUAUUUUGGUGGUGAUCCCGAUCAAGUCACAAUCUUCGGUGGAAGUUCAGGCGCCAUUAGCGUUCACUUUUUAACGUUAUCUCCUUUGACAAAAGGACUCUUUCACAGGUACAUGACACAUAGUGGAACAGCAGACACCAUAAUAGCUCCAGAACCGUGGUCGGUGGCUGCCGAACGCGUAACUAAGUUGGGCGAAUACCUUGGUUGUCCAACCGAUACGUCAACCGUUCUUCUUGACUGUCUGAGAAGUUUCAAUGGAUCGUAUCUGUACGAUACCGAAAUAGUGCUGAGGGAAAUGAAAUUGUUCGAUUUCAUGAGCUGGAUUCCAGUAAUCGAGCCUGAUGUAGAAGGCGCGUUGCUUACGGAUACUCCAGCGAAUCUUCUCGCCGCCGGCAAGAAACAUGAUUUACCUUGGGUUUCCCUCGUAACUCGGGAUGAAGGAAUUGUUGUUCUUGGAGCGUACUACGACAAUCCAGAUCUGUCUCAGGAACUGUUAAACAACAUUGACUCUUUCUUGUUGAGAAUAUUCAGAUAUGACAGUUGGGCACCUGAUGCAGCAGCCUACACCGCUGCUGUUAAGUCGUUCUAUAACUUAAGCGAUCCAACUGCUGACAGAAAAUUGCUACUAAUUAACUUAACGAAACUCAUAACUGACGCCUUGUAUACGUAUCCGGUCUACAAAGAAAUUGAGCAGCAUAUAACACAUGCUGCGUACAAGAAUCCGGUGUACCUAUGCACUUUUGACUACAAAGGUGCCUUCAGCUACAGCUACAAAUUUAGUGGAGGUAACACAGAGGAUUGGGGUGCAGCACACGGUGACGAACUGAUUUAUCUCCUUCCUGGACCAAAGGAAAUGUUCGGACCGCCAGGAACUGAAUUCAGCAAAACUGACUUGAGACUGGCUGAUGCAAUGGUAGAGCUAUGGACAUCGUUCGCUAUCAAUGGGUCACCGACCACUGCAGCUCUGAAUGACAACAUAAUCUGGGAACCGUACGCAUCAGGUAAAAAAUAUCUUCAAAUCGGUAAUGGACCCGAUGCUGGGCUUGAGAUUAAAAGUGGCUUCCAUGAAGAGCGAAUGCUGUUUUGGGAAAAGUUCUACGCUGCUAAAUUAUAGAUUCUGAUGUCACAGCCGCUAGUUCAUACGCUUGCUUUCUUUCAUUUAAAAGUAUUCAAUCGCAGGUUACUCGUGAGGGGGAAUGAAAGGGAUAUAGUGAAAAUAUGAUGAAGGGAUGUCUACUUCGACAUACAUAAUUAAGUUAUGAUACGUGGUAUAUUCUGACUGGUUUCAAAAUUAAUAUCUAAAAUGACACAUUUUAAUUGUUAAAAUCUCGUGUCAUAGGCCGUAGUAUGCAAGUAUGAAAACAUUGCUUCGUGUUGGCCUCCACUUUCUUCCACGCAACAUGUAUAAAUGUGCAUCCGACUUUGCCUAACGAGUAUGAGUGCUAGUAAGCCGAUCAACCAUUUAUAUAGUUAAGUUGUAAUUAUAAUUGUUGUGCAUGAUGUGUAUAUUCGUACGUUAAUUUUUUAUUGAUCCAUUAUCCGAAAAUCGUACAUGCAACUCUUUGUUAUUAUUAUAAGUGUUACAUUGAAAUAUCAACAACUGCCUCCGAA